AAAACAUCAUGUAUGUCCAAAGACGUUUUUCUUUAUCGUUAAAACGCCAAUAUUUGUCGGUGUUGAAUAGCCGACUUUUAUUUUGUCGGUGCGCUUCCGGCCGCUGUGAUGAUGCGCCUCUCUGUGUGCUCUCUCUGACGCUGCUGCAUGUCAAAUUAGCUGGCUGCAGCCUUUCAGGGACACCUCUUGCGGACCGCCGGAGCCCACAGUGCAAUAAAUAUGGCAGCAGAGCUAUCCACUUCCAUAAACAUCAAGGAGCCCCGGUGGGACCAGAGCACAUUUACAGGUCGGGCCAAACAUUUCUUCACCGUCACAGACCCCAGGAACAUCCUCCUCUCCAACGAACAACUAUCACAAGCACACAAAGUCAUCACUGACUACAGGAAAGGUGUAGUCUCUCCAGGACUGACAGAAGAUGAACUGUGGAGAGCCAAAUAUGUUUUUGAUUCGGCUUUCCAUCCCGAUACCGGGGAGAAGAUGAUCCUGAUUGGCCGCAUGUCAGCACAGGUUCCAAUGAACAUGACGAUCACUGGAUGCAUGAUGACAUUUUACAAGACAACUCCAGCCGUGUUGCUCUGGCAGUGGAUCAACCAGUCUUUUAACGCAAUAGUCAAUUACACCAACAGGAGCGGCGAUGCUCCAAUCACGGUCAAUCAGCUUGGCACAGCUUAUGUGUCUGCCACCACAGGGGCAGUCGCCACCGCUCUAGGACUAAACGCACUAACAAAGCACAUCUCACCCCUGAUUGGACGGUUUGUUCCAUUCGCUGCUGUAGCCGCUGCUAACUGUAUCAACAUCCCUCUGAUGAGACAAAGAGAACUUCAACACGGCAUUCCCAUAACAGACGAGAAUGACAACAGGUUAGGAGAGUCGACGAAAGCUGCACAGCAGGCCAUCUCUCAGGUUGUGGUCUCCAGGAUCCUCAUGGCUUCUCCAGGAAUGGCUAUCCCCCCGUUUUUAAUGAACCAUCUGGAAAAGAAGGCCUUUCUGAGGAAGUUCCCAUGGAUGAGUGCACCUAUUCAAGUCGGCCUGGUGGGAUUCUGCCUGGUGUUUGCCACUCCACUGUGCUGCGCAUUGUUCCCUCAGAAGAGCUCUAUGUCAGUCAGCCGCCUGGAGCCGGAGCUGCAGGAGAAGAUCCGGGCCAGCCACCCGGGAGUGGAGAGGGUCUACUUCAACAAAGGGCUAUGAGUGUGCAGUCCCCAUCAUCCAAACACUGCCAUAACACAGCUGCAGGCUCGGUCCUCGCCUCUCUGCCAGCCCUCUCCAUUCAGUGUGCCAAAGUUAAGUUUGUGUCUCCUCAUUUCCACCGUUCAGAUGGAUAUCUGAGGACUC